AUGGGUUUUCCAUCCAUCCUCCCCCCCUCUUUUCCUUCCUUCCUUCCUUCCCUCCCUCCACUUCCUUCCUUCCUUUUUUUCUUUCUCCAUUCCUUCUUUCUUCCUAACCAUUCAUCAUUCUCUGUUACCAUGGGCCUUUCUUUCUCUCUUUGUAACAUUCAUCUCUCUCUAUUACUAUCGGUUUUCUUUCUUUCUUUCUUUCUUUCUUUCUUUCUUUGCAACAUAUCUCUCUCUCUCUCUCUCUCUGUUACGAUGGCCCUUUUAUUCUUUUUCUUUCUUUGUAACCAUUCAUCUUUCUCUAUUACUAUGGGUUUAUUAUUGCAGGUCUUUUCUUUCUUUCUUUCUUUCUUUCUUUCUUUCUUUCUUGUUUUUAUUUCGUUUUUUUUUUUUGCAUCUUUUCUUUUUAUUCUUUCUUUUCUUAUCCAUUUUUUUUCUUUUUUCUUCUCUCUCUUCCAUUUAUAUUUUCCCCUUUUUUGUACUUCUUUCUUUAUUUCAGUUUUCCAUUCUUUCCCUUCAGCCUUUCUUGAUUGA